CCGUGGUUAAGAGCCAGAGUUAGUGACUUAGUACCGGCUCCUCGCUCCAUAAAUACCUCGUUCACUCACUUUUUCCGUCUCGUCAUUUCGGCCCCGGCGAAGCCAUGGAGUGAGUCUUCCAAGCUGCGGCGGGGGAGUAGGAGUAAGAAGAGAGAGAGGAGUCGGAGGUCGCCCAUUGUCGACCGAUCAGCUUUGAGGGUUGCCAUGUGUCCUUCGGCGCCUGUCUCUGUACCACUGGAUAUCAAUAUAUUUUCAACUGAUGAAGAACUCGUACUGCUCUUGGGAGAAAGGAAGGUUGGGGAUCCUGUCCCAGCCAACGUGAUCACUGAAGUGAAUCCUUUCAGCAUCGAACCAUGGAAUUCUCCUGAAGAUAUAUGGUACUUGUACAAUCUCGAGGAUCCACAAUCUUUGAAUGGUGAAGGAGAAUUUAAAGUGACAAGAAUUGGGUACUGGAAAUCCAUGGAUGAUCUCAGAAUAUUCACAAGUACUCCUACUGUGGUCAGAAAAACAACAAGGGAAUUUUAUAUAGGGAAGCCUCCUUAUGGAAAUAGAACUGGGUGGAUGAUGCAUGAAUAUCAAGCAGAACAGAAGACAAUCAAUGGAAUUAAUAAAGAACAGGAUUAUAGGUCUCUGUGUAGAGUCUUCUUGCAAAUUGAUGAAAGGCCAAAUCAUGAGGAACAACAUAAUUCUGUGAUUGCAGAUGGUGUUGAUGGUCAUUACCUAGAAUGUGCAUUGCUGAACAUUCUAGAACAAGAAGAAAACAAUUUAUCUUCAAGCGAUGCUGCAAACAGAUCCCAGAUGGUUGCUGGUGAUGUGCAGGGGCAAUCAGUAUUAUCUGGAACAAGUGUCACUGUUCCAGUAACUGAUAAUUGUUUUGAGGAAAUGUAUGCAACUUGUGAUUUUUCUAAGGAAGACUACUUGGAAUUGAAUGACCUAUAUAGUCCAGAGACAUCUUCAUCCUGUUCUGACAACUCCAGCCUCAUGUCAGUAAAUUCCGAUGAAUACUUUGAUGCUGAUGCCUUGUUGAUGGAUCUUAAGAAUGAGCAUAACCCGAGGGUGGAAGAAGGGCAUGUAGAUUGCAGGUACAAUGUAUCUGCAUCCAUCAAAGCAAAUCGAGUGGUUAUCAUGCCACCAACACCAGUCUGCAGUAACAGUAGCAGUAAUCCCGUGGUUGAAGGGGGCACAUCUGCCAAUCCAAUGCCUGAAGAAGCGCGGGCUUCAGACCCUUCCUCUUCCGCUGAUGAGCUAUCUCGUAAUGGAAAGGCUGCUAAUUCUGGCAAAUCUCCAGACUGUCUUUCAGAUCAAUCUUCUUCCGAUGGUUCACAUGGUAGCAGAACUUCCAAAGGGCAGGGAUCAAAAUCUGCUGGCAGGAUUAAAAAGUUGGGGAAGAAGUAUUAUUGCUGUUUUGGAUCAUUUUAGCCUGACCUUCAUUCUUAUUUUAUAUUUAGUUUAGUAGAUCAUAGUUGCGAGUAUGAAAGGUGCAAGCAAGCAUCUUCAACUUGCUGUUGGUACCAAACCAAAAACCUGGAAACCAACUGCUAACAAGAACUGAGAGGAUAUCAGUAAUGUACACUUCAUCUUCUAUUGGGUGUAGAAUCAAGGACAUACUUCUGCGCUGAAGCACUUCAAAGUUAGCUCAACAGUUAUGCAGAACAAAAUAGUGGUGACAAGUGCAGUCUCUACUUCCUAGGGCAGCUGCUGGGGGAAUAAUUGCUGCUUGGUGACUUGGAUUUUUCCACCUUAAUCAUAUUGCCAUCCAUCUUAUUUACAGUAAUCAAAUCCCGGGGAUUGGACAGAGACUGCAAACAUAAGAAAAUUUACAGUUUCUUUCUGUUUGUAUUUGCUGCAGCCUAUGUAAUUAAAGUAUAUAUUAUGUAAGUGAUUUUACAGUUUCUUUCUGUUUGUAUUUGCUGCAGCCUAUGUAAUUAAAGUAUAUAUUAUGUAAGUGAGUGUUCUCCUCCCUCCCCCUGCCCUCCUACAAAAUAUAUGCUCAAAAUAGAUGGUUUGAUUU